AUUUAUGAAUUAUGACCUCUUUGAAUAUCACCUCAUAAUGGAGAUCAUGAGUAAUUAGUCUUUAUUUCAUAGACUAUUGCAUAGACUCACACACACACAGUCCUAUGACCUUGCUGAACAUCACUGCGACUAGUUUUCAUUUCAUAGACUCUUGCACAGAGAGAGAGAGAGAGAGAGAGAGAGCUUUUUUAUUUCCCUUAGUUUUCAGCACUAGAAACCAUGCUUUUGAGGAAUUAGUCUUAAUUUCAUCCUAUGACCUUGUUAAACAUCACACAGUGGAGAUCAUUAGUAAUUAGUCUUCAAUUCCUAGACCUUUGCACCAAGAGAGAAACAAAGAGAGCCUUGUUUAAGAUCACUUCACAAUGGAGAUCAUGAGCAUUUAGACUUCAUUUUAUAGACUUUCGUGAGUGCGCGCUCCUGAAAACACAGAGACCCUUUAGAUUGGCCUUAGUUUUCAACAUAAGGAGCCAUGGAUUUGAGCAUAUUGACCAUGACCAUAUUGUCCAUCACCUUGGCCUCCAUGAUCUUAGCCUUGAGGAUCCUUCAAAGCUCAAAAGUGAAGAUAAGGCUACCCCCAGGCCCUCCUAGGUGGCCCAUUGUAGGGAACCUCCUACAACUUGGUCCCUUACCUCACAAGGACUUUGCUUCCUUUUGCUCAAAGUAUGGACCCUUGGUCUACUUGAGACUAGGCAAUGUGGAUUCAAUCACAACAAAUGACCCUGAAAUCAUCAAAGAAAUUCUCCUCAAACAAGAUGAUGCAUUUGCCUCUAGACCAAAGACACUAGCUGCUAUACACUUAGCCUACAACAGUGGAGAUGUGGCCCUAGCACCAUUUGGGAAGCAUUGGAAACACAUGAGAAGGAUAUGCAUGGAGCAUCUCUUGAGCACCAAGAGAUUGGAGUCUUUUCAAGAGCAAAGGAGGCAAGAAGCUCAAUUUAUGGUCAGCUCUGUGUACAGAGAUGCCAUGCAUGGGAAAACCAUCAACUUGAGGGAGGUUUUGGGAGCAUUUUCGAUGAACAACGUGACCCGGAUGAUCCUCGGGAAGCAGUAUUUCGGGGCAGGGUCAGCCGGACCGGACGAGGCGGCGCAGUUCAUGGAUACCACACAUGAGCUAUUUUGGUUGAUGGGUGUAAUUUAUCUAGGGGACUACUUGCCAUUUUGGAGAUGGUUAGACCCAUAUAGAUGUGAAGAGAAGAUGAGAGAUGUUGAAAAGAGAAUGGAUGCAUUUCAUGUGAGGAUCUUAGAGGAGCAUAGGAGGAGGACCAAGGUGGUAAAGGAAGGGAGCAAGGAUGAAACAAUGGAUUUUGUGGACAUAUUGCUAUCUUUGCCUGGUGAAGAUGGGAAGGAGCACAUGGAGGACAUUGAGAUUAAAGCUCUUGUUCAGGAUAUGAUCGCGGCGGCAACGGACACAUCUUUGGUGACCAACGAGUGGGCUAUGGCAGAGGUGAUAAGGAAUCCAAGGAUAUUGAAGAAGUUGCAGGAUGAGCUCGAUACAGUCGUCGGGAAAGAUCGAAUGGUUGUCGAAUCCGACUUAAAUCACCUCCAAUUCUUGCGCUGCAUAGUGAGAGAAACUUUCCGGAUGCACCCGGCCGGCCCUUUCCUGAUCCCUCAUGAGUCCCUUAGGCCAACCAAGUUAGCAGGAUUUGAUGUACCAGAGAAGACCAGGAUUUUCAUCAACGCUUAUGCACUGGGGAGGAACCCUAAAAUUUGGGACAAUGUUGAUGAAUUCUAUCCUGAGAGGCACAUGACAGUGGAUGGGGGUAGAAUUGAGAUCAGCCAUGGUGCUGAUUUCAAAAUCCUUCCUUUUAGUGCAGGGAAAAGGAAAUGUCCUGGUGCUCCUCUGGGGUUGUGCUUUGUGUUGCUUGGACUAGCACGCCUCUUCCAUGCAUUUAAUUGGUAUCCACCAAAGGGAAUGAGCGAGAAAGACAUAGAUGUUAAUGAGGUUUAUGGCUUGACAAUGCCCAAGGCCAACCCCCUCCUUGCCAUGGCCAAGCCACGCCUCCCCUCUCAUCUAUACUAGUCUCUCUCUCUCUCUCUCUCUCUCUCUCUCUCUCUCUCUCUCUCUCUCUCUCUCGUGGUUUGAUUUUCUACCAGUUUAUCUUGCCUAGUUGAGUGUGAUAUGUUAGUGUCAUAUUAGAUGUAUUCUACACUUUGGGCUUGCUUUUAAUUUCAUUUUCCAAACUAUGAGAACAAGUGUGAUAUGUUAGUGUCAUAUUAGAUGUAUUCUACACUUUGGGCUUGCUUUUAAUUUCAUUUUCCAAACUAUGAGAACAAGUGUGAUAUGUUAGUGUCA